AUGCCCGAAGAAGGAGAUGAGUUUAUUCACGAAGCAUCUACGGAAUUCGUCCAAAUAUCCCGCGAAGAGCUUGAAGAAAUAUGGGCACAGGCCAGCAGGAGCUUAGUACCAGCAGCGACCAGUCUACAAUCGACGGUUCCAUCAUCAUCGUCGAAACCGAUCUUCACUAAGCCUGGCGUUGCCAGGAAAUUCGAAUUCAAUUUAAGCGUCCUUAAUAUUUUGACUCCUCUGAUGGACCGACUAUUGACUGAUCCAAAAGUAUUCGUUUUCUACGGCCGGCACGCGAGAGCGGAAAGCAUGCAAACUACUAAUCCUAUUCUGGCAGCUUUCUUAAGAGAAAAGAAAAAGAAGGAAGAUAAGAAACCUGCAGUCCCACGCACAGCAGCGUCGAAGACUAGGACGCACCCGUACAUGCCUCCUAGUCAGCCUUUUCGAGAAGAAAAGUGCGUGGAAAGCAGUGGUCACUGCUAUCGUAAGGAAUUACAACUAGGGACAGCCUCGAUGUAUACAUGGGCGUUAAAUCAAGCAGAAAGAGAUGAGAUCAUAGACAACCAUGACAAGAUGUCCUCUUCAAUUAAUCUCCCACAAGAAUUAUCCGGCUCAUCCAGUUCGGCUAGAGAACUCUUUGAUAUAUUAUCAGGGCUACAAGCUUUUUUGGGUUACCGCUUCAGCGAGGAAGUUGUCUGGCACUGCGACAGCCAGGCAGCCAUCGCUAUACUAAAGAAGGGCGGCAGGGAACCUGAGCUUCAACCUCUUGCCCAACACAUUUGGAAACUUUCCGAUAAUUUACAUGUGAAGAUAGAAUUCGUAUGGAUUUCACAAGAAUUCAACACAGAGGCUGAUGAAGCCUCUAAUGAGAUUGAUUUAGAUGACUGA